UAAUUUAAAAACUUUUCUGUGCAUUUUUUUUUUAAACGUCACCAUAGACGCCGAGACAUUAAAUCUCUCUUCUCUUUUUUUGGCAUCCUAUGCAAAUAUAUGCUGACGUAAACGAUCAUGUGGUUUUUGUCGUCGAUCCCCCCUAUGAGCAACGAGGAGGUUUUCUCUUUUUUUUUUUUUUUCCUCCUCUCCCCACUGUUGUCUUUAGGUUAGAGCUAUGCUACAAUCUUUACUGUACACCAGCGCUAUAGAUAUAUGCACCACUCUGGAUGUCUGGGAAUAAUAAUCAACUUCCAGUUGCACCCUGCAAAACCCCCGAAGACCACACACAGAUUACCCAGAGUGCCGCUGGCCUGAGGAUCGUCCAAUAGAGAGGGAGAACGAGGAAGACGCACGGUGAUUGGAGGAGGAGGUGGAGAAAGGCCCCACCCAGCCUCGAGUGAAGCCCCUCCCCCCCUCUGAGGAAGUGCACUUGAGAGUCGCUGCCGUCUGUGAUGCCCUCCCAUGACGUCCAGGUCGGUAGCUGACACUGCCAGUGUGCGGGAGACGCCACUGCACAACUGGUCCUGGGCCGGCACCGUCAGCCGGUUAUCGCCCUCCCUCUUGCAGGCUGGAGACUCCGCCCACCUACCAGUAUCCACAACCAUCAGCUCCGAUCCAUCUUCAGUAAGUCCCUUUCAGAAACCGACACGCUGACGUCCUCAGCCAGCACCAGCAGAAGCAGCAGCCAAAAACCGCAGUAUCUUCAACGCGAUCAGCAACACCAGCACCACCAUUAUCACCACCACCACCACCAGCAGCAACCAUCAUGUCCAGUCGUAGAAAGUCCUCCACCCCCUGCAUGGUCCGGGUCGUCAGGGACCUGCCUGAAGAGCAGGACGACCCUGAGGAGGUAAUGGACAUGGAAAUACCGGCGGACAACGACGCGACAGAAAAAGAACAAUCAGAAUCAUCUGAAUCUGCAGGAAAGAGUCAAGAUCCCCAGCAGGAUAAUUCAGAGAAUCCAGACCAGCAGACGUUUCAAAAACCAGUGGAGAACCACAAUCCUGAGCCAUCAGAACAAGAGGAGCAGUCGGGUGAGAAAGAUCAACCUCCUGUCAUUGAAGAUGAGGAAGCCACAGAGGAGAAGGACAAGGAAGACGUUGACUCUGACCCGGUGUCCCGGAAAAAGCAGCCCAGAGGCUACGAGUGCAAAUACUGCCCAUUUUCAACGCAGAACCUGAAUGAAUUUAAAGAGCACGUGGACUCUAGCCACCCCAACGUCAUUCUUAAUCCGAUGUACCUCUGCGCUGUCUGCAACUUCAACACCAAGAAGUUCGACUCGCUCACAGAGCACAACGAGAGCCAGCACCCGGGCGAGACAAACUUCAAGUUCAAGAGGAUAAAAAGGAACAAUCAGACUAUCUUAGAGCAGACAAUCGAAGGCAAGGACAAUUCAGUUGAAUGUGAAGUGACGAAUGAACGGGGCGAAGGCAACUGCAGCUCUGUGUUUCCAGCUUGCAUAUCAACCACAGUGAAAACCCCGAACAAUAUCCAGACGCUCUAUCAAGGGAGCGAAUUAAAAAGCCAGCGGGACGGCCUGUUCCAGAAUAAUCAAAUCACAGCGGUGAACAUCAACGGAACGGUCAUCAUCCCUGAACCCACCAUCCUCCAAGGGCUCUCCCACGUCGCCCCGAUGCUCCAGCGCCCACCCAACUUCAACUCUGUACCAAAAAUAGCUGUUCCCUUGAACACCACCAAAUAUAACCCUUCUUUAGACGACAACUUGACGUUGAUCACCUCCUUUAACAAGUUUCCUUACCCGACGCACGCCGAGCUGUCGUGGCUGACGGCUGCCUCCAAGCACCCGGAGGACCAGAUCAAAGUCUGGUUCACCACCCAGCGGCUUAAGCAAGGCAUCACCUGGUCCCCGGAGGAGGUGGAGGAAGCCAGGAAGAAAAUGUUCAACGGCUCCAUCCCUCCUGCACAUCACACGUUCACCGUCCUGCCUACAACUGCCUUCUCUCAGCCGUCUGCCAAAUCCUCCCAGCAGACCUUUGUCCACACUACCGUCGGGCAUGCAAGUCAUGUGCGGACAACCGUGUCCAAUGGGUUGAGUUUAGUCGCCGCCACAAACUCUCCCGCUGGAGUUGCAAUUAGCUCCGGCCCGUCCCUUAAACGAUCCAUGCCGACGUACCUGACGACGGUGUUCGGCCCGGAGUCCAAACGGCCCAUCAUGGCAGUCGCUCCCCAUUCCGGCGACGCUAAAGACAGGGGCCUCAUGGCUCCUCCGCCCCCUCCUCCCCCAAAAGACCGCCUCCCAAUGGCUCCGCCUCCUGUUCCCAUGGAGAUGAAGAGACCUGUAGCACUUCCUCUGGUCACCACAGAGAUGAGGAGGCUAUCCGCUGCUGUGCCUUUAAUGCCGCCGCCAUCGUCGUCGUCCUCGAUGUCUUUGUUGUCCAAAGGGAAGAUUCUCUCAACGUUAGGAAACCCCAAAACAAAAUCGGUGGUGUCGCUGCCCCCCUUAGUCUUUCCAGAGUCUUUAACAAGACCAAUGAUAGUACCCCCGCCUAUCUUUGCUCCGCCAUUUAAAAACUCAUUACUUUUUCCUCUUAACUCGCCCAUCACUUCCAAAGAGAAGCACCCGAAUAUCCACGCUUUGCCAGCUGCUGAUCUCAAGCUGCCAAACUCCCCACCACCUGUUGCCCCACAAAUAAGGAGGCCAACCAUUAUCCAGUCCAUUCGCGCUCCGGCCAAAGCCCCGACCCAGAUUUCAGGGUUCCCUUUGGAUAGCAGGAAACUAAAAGAGCAACAAGGGGUGGAGGUGAAAGCCUAUUACCCCAGAGGAGAUAAGGUACUCACUCCUCUGGCAGAGGCCAACGGGACAUCUCGCAUGGAUGGCAAAUGGUUCCACGAUCAAACCGCACUUGCUCACAACAAUGGGGUCCAACAUUUUGACGGAUUGCAAGCGGCGCUGAAACCGGACUUUCAUCAGAAGUCCUCGGUGCUGACCCAGUUCCCUUUGCUGGAGAGGAUGAAAGGAAAGACGGCGGAACAGCUGAAGAUCUUGGAGGAGAACUUCCUGAGGAACAGCUUUCCCACACUCAGCGAUGUGGACAAUCUGGCGGGCACCACCCGGCUGUCUCGCCAGGAAAUCCACAGCUGGUUUGUGGAGCGUCGUGCACUACGCGACAACCUGGAACAAGCCCUUCUCAACUCCAUGGGCACUAAGAGGAUGGGCGCUGGUGGCAUUGCGGCCAUCGCCAAGAAACGACUACAUCAGCAGCAACAGCAACACCAAACUCUACAGCUGAAUGGGAUUCACAAGCCAAGCACUGGUGUGGGCCAUCUCAAAAGCCCUCUUCCACCUUCUUCCACCCUGCCUAUAAUCGCCACCUCCGUCCCCAACCCGAAUUCCUGCUCAGUGCCUCCAGACAGCCGAUCCCUGGCGCUCCUCAUGGACGAUUUUGCUCAAACGCGGUGGCCUUCCCCUGAGGAGUUCAGCCAACUGGAGGGUCGGACGGGACGCGCCGAACUCGCCCGCUGGUUCAACGACAACCGGCUGCAGAGCGGCGGCCUGGAGCUGGCAGAACUUUUUCACAACAACGGAGUGAAUGGAGGACAGGGGCCGCUUGUGUGCUCUCCCAAAAAUGCUGCCCCCGGCAUCCUCCAGCGCUGUCAGGAAGGAGCCCUGACAAACAACAACGGCAGUAAGGUGUUGGAGGUUGAGUUGGGCUGGCUAAUGGAGCAGCGCGCCAACAGCCUGUGCAGUCAACAGCAGGAUGAACUCCAAGACCGGUUGUCUGGCAGACUGAGGCAGCAGAACGCGGCGGAGUUGAAGAACGGGGGACAGAACGGGGGACAGAACGGGGGACAGAACGGGGGACAGAACGGGGGAGUGUUCGGCAGCUGGCUGGAGGACAGACACUCGAGGAAAGGACGAGAGCUGCUGCUGGACCGGGAGAGGAAGAUGACUGGAUGAACGGUGCGAGUAGGAUUUGCCGCCGCUGCUGCUGGAAAAGAGGAAAAAGAAAAACGAGGUGGACGGAGAAUGGAGCGACAUUUUCUUUUUUUUUUAAUUAUCAGAUAAUGUAAUUUUUGUUCUUUUAAUUUUAGUUAUUUUAUCUCUUGAUUGUCGCAUCCCAGCUCACACACAACAUCGUCCUCAGCGUUCUCGACCUGGCGUGACCCCCCCCCCCCUCCAUGGUCACACAACAAAAGCACGAGUUUAAAAAAAAAAAAGACGGCGGGGGGGCUUUUAUUUUAUUUUGGCGAGUCGUAUACACGCUGCCAAAUUGAAAAUCAGAGGAGUGCAAGGAGAAAUUCAGGGUCACAAUCUGUGAAGAUAAUUGAAGCUGCCCUCUCUUACGCUGGUGCUUUCUUUUCAUUGCUCACCCUGAUGUGAGUUUGACACUAGUUUUACAAAACAGGAGCUUAAUCUUCACCGAGUAUAAGCAGAGACGAGGCUCGCAAAACAUCAGUUAUUCUACUUGUAGCUGUAACAACAAGUAGAAUUUGUGUUUUUCUUCCCCAAAUUUCCUUUCAGAGGCAGAUUAUCUGUACUUCUACUCAAUCAACAGUGCUGAAUAAGUACAAGACACUGUUUCAUCAGGAGGCCUGGAAGUCAGUUUAGGUCAAAUACAAGAAGUAAAUAAAAACUUUAAGUCGCCUUGCUCCCAGUUUCAUAUACAUACUAGUACACUGAGUACUAAUAUUGACUGUACUACACAGAUUUAUCAUUAUACAAAAAAAAGAUCAAAGAUCAAAAUCGAUGCAGCAGAACAAGAGAUAUUGUAUUUAUUAUUCCACACCGACAUUACCCACAAUGCAGCUUGACCACAGACAGUUUGAGUAGAUUCACGUGUGUUAUGCUAGUAGCUAGUCACUGUGAAGUUAGCUUUAAAAAGUUCAUUUCUGAGCCAUUAUAAAAAACAUAAUAAGCCAAAUUAUAACGGUUUCUGUCAACAGACAAAGUCAUUUAUUGAUUCUCUUUUAUUUUUCUUCCAUGUUGCAUUGUGGGACGAUCGUGUCCUUGAACGCCAAUUUUUUCGAAUGUGAAUAAGUUAAAAUUCAGAAGAAUUAGUAAAAGAGAGAGAGAGAACGGAGAACAUUUCUUUAACGUUCAUUACGUUCACGUGAUUAGUUGGUUAUUGAUUAAUUGCUCGUUUAAUUAUAUGUAUCUUUAAGUUUGAACUUUCCCUUUAAAGAACAAACACGUUUCAUGAUCCGCACUUCACUGUAAGUUCCUUAAAAAAACAGAAAACUGAGCUUCUCCUUUAAGUCGCUCUGAAGGAGGGAGGGGGGGGAGGAGGAGGAUUAGCGGGUCUUGAACUCUGGCCUGGACGGAUGUUUUUCGCGGUUGAGGUGAUGUUGUGCGUGACCUGCGUUGUCGUGAAGCGGAGGGUGAACCGGAGCACUGAAUGUGUGCAGCAGCAGCAGUCAGACUGUAACACACCGACGACAACGACAGGACGGAUUUAAAACAAACAAACAAACAAAUGCCGAGUGCCAAAGCUGGGAUCUGCUGCAUUCUCACUACACUUUUGAAAAAAAAAAAAAAAAGGGUUCUUCUUCUCCUUCUUGUAAAUAGGAUAUGUAUGUUUGUUUGUUUUGUUUUUUCUGUAUUGCUACAGAUUUGUAAAAUUUUUGCGGACAAAAUUUUUGUUACAUUUUGUAAAAUGGGAGCAAUUCGUCCUCCGAAACCCUCCCCUCUCUCUCUCUCUCUCGGUUUCUCUCGCCUCUUAUUGUUUUUAUUUUUUUGUUUUAUUUGUUGAUGGACUUUUUAAAAAAACUAAACGCUGCCAGCUGUGGAGCGUGUGCAACGUUUUUUAUUAUUAUUCUCCGUCUCUUUUUUUUUUUUUUUUUUUUUUUACUGAACCAGAGUGGAACCACUACAAAAAAAACGGACCAGUUGGCAAGACUUCAGUCACUUCUUCUUCAUCUCACCGGCACUGGACUUCCGCCCGCCACUUCCCCGCUGAGAGGAGGAGGGAGGCAGAGGAGGGAGGCAGAGGAGGGGGGACUUUGCUUCACAUCAAAUCAGAUA